ACCUGCCCGCCGGCCUCUGCUGGGGGAGGGAGGGAGCGGUCUGGACGGGGACCAGCGCUGGCCAGUACUGUUGCCGGGACACCGAGGGUAGUCUUUGUCGCUGUCAACAAUGGCCCCACAGGCCUGCUAGGCAUGAGCCCCUGGGGACCCAGAGGCAGACAUGCAGACCCUGCGGCAGGAGGCUGACCGGCCCUAUGUCCCCCGGGGGACCCUCGAAACAGAUUUCCCAGCACCUCUGUUCAGCGAUGACUAUCUGUCCCUGGAGGGUCCCCGCUGGACACCGGCCAUCAGGCAGGCAGUGCGCUGGAAGUACGCCCCCAUGGGACGCGACGCAGCGGGCCAGCCGUGGUACACCGGCCUGACCAACUCUGAGUCUCGGGAAGCCUGGUACACGCUCCCGCGGGCCCUGGACAGCCCGUACCGGGAGGCCUAUGCCCGCUGGCACGGCUGUCACAGCCACUGGGAGCGAAGCAUGCCCUCGGCCUACACCCAGCGCCUCCGGGAGACCGCCUGGUACGACCCUGUCCUCCCUGCCCAGUACAGGGUCCCCAGCACGCGGUGGGGGAGUGUGCUGUGGACAGACAGACCCUUCCGGGGCAAGGAAUACGUGGUCACCAGGCACCAGUACCAGGCGGAGCCGCCAUGGCAGGGGUCUGACUACGUGCCGCUCCUGUCGGCACCCCAGCGCCCGCGCUACACCGCACAGAACCUCAGGUGGUGGGACCUGGAACCCUACUGCCCCUCCACAAACCAGCGGCCCCCACCCGUCCACACACCCAUCCACGGAUAAAGUUCAUGCUGCCCAACGCCACCCUCUGCAGCCCCCCUCCGUGCAGCCCUCCACCUUUGGGGACCCUGGGGACCUUGGGUGGUCCAGCCACCAGCCAACACCCCGGUGACCCAAACUUGGGCCAGAGGCAGGCAGACUCAGGAUGUCUCAGCUGCCCUCUCCCCACUCUGGACUGCGGGCACACAGCUGAGGCCACAGCCCUCACCCACGGGUGGCUCUUUAUUAGUGGCCAGCAGUAGCCUGGGCGCAGGGCAUGGGACUUGCUCCUCCCCACCCCCGCCUGAGGCUCCUGUCAGGCCCAGUGACCACACCAUGGCCGAGGGGACCUGGC